UUACUCAACACGAUUAUUGGGGAAGAGAAUAAGAAUUAUGAUGCAGAUUUUAAGAGGAUAAAGAUAUUAAAUGAUGAAACGAAGAUGGUAGAGCUUGGUAGCCAUCGAGAAAAUAUUAUGCCUUCUAAUCCUAAUAUACCAGCUGUAAUUGACAAAGUAGGACUGUUUAUUGAGAAAGAUAAUGAAUUGACAGUAGAGACUGUAAUUUCUAAGAAAGAUGAUGCAAAUCUAUUUCUUCCCACCAACAGAAUAUGGAAAAUUUAUCAUUCUGAACGUUUUCAUUUUGCGAUCAAGAAAAGAUAUCCAAAAUAUGAUAAUGGUGUAAUGGGAGAUAAUUUUUCUACCGAGCGGAUUAUUGGUGAUGGAAAUGGUCUCUUCAGAUGUAUAAGCAAAGAAGUUUGUGAUGACGAAUGCCAAUACGAUUUUCUGAGACAGCAAUGCAUUCUCUUUAUGAGAAGCAAGGAUAUUGUUGAGCAGAUGGAGGGGUUUUUGGGAGAACCCGUAACAAAUAUUUGGAGAGAACAGGCAUGGCUCAAAAUGCAACUUAUGGAACAGACGUGGAGAUAGUUGCAUUGGCAACUAUGCUUCAAACAAAUAUAAUUAUCCAUACCAUUUAUAAAUGGGCAUAUUACACGCCAAUUAAAAAAAUUAAGAUACAUUAAAAAAUUUAAUUUGAAUAUAUAUUUAAGAAAUUAUCGCAAACAUUUUGACCGCAUAAUAAAUUUUAAUUAAUCUUAUUUAUAUCGUAUAUAUUUAUAUCGCAUAUCUUAUUU